AUGGCUGUUAAAAAUAAUUCCCAGAUUCACUGGGAGAAAUUCAAAGAAAUACGUAACAAAGUCAAUUCAGAACUAACUAAAGCUAAAACAGCAUUUUUCUGUAACAAAUUUGAGAACUGCGCACAAUCGAAAGAUAUGAAACAUAGUUGGAAGUUAAUUAAUAUUCUCUUAAGUAAAAACAAAAAAUCAAAUAAUAUCUCUCAACUUAAAUGUGAUGAUGUUGUGAUUUCAGAUAAUACUUUGAAAGCUGAGGCGUUUAAUGACUUCUUUGUUAACAUCGGG